CCACCACCACCACCACCACCACCACCACCACCACCACCUCCUCCUCCGGCGCCGCCGCCGCCGCCGCCUCUUCCUUCCCAGAUUCUUCAACUGACUGGACCAGCUGGAGGGAGACGCGGGCGGAUGGACUUGCCGCCUCGCCCCGCCUGAGCCCCCGCACUCCGACCGCCCGCUGGGGCUGAAGCCCGGCUCUUGCCGCACGAAGCCACUACCCGAAGAAGAGAAGGAGGAGCCGCUACGAUCGGGCUUCCCCCGCGCCGGAGCCCCCAGCAUGGUUGACUAUAUUGUGGAAUAUGACUAUGAUGCAGUACAUGAUGAUGAAUUGACCAUUCGAGUUGGGGAUGUCAUCAGAAAUGUGAAAAAACUAGAAGAGGAAGGAUGGUUAGAAGGAGAACUAAAUGGAAAAAGGGGCAUGUUUCCUGAUAAUUUUGUUAAGGAAAUUAAGAGAGAGAUUGAACCCAAGGAGGAUUUUCCUUUUAAACGAGAUAAGCCUGGAAAUGUAGCCAAUCUUGUACAACGCAUAAGCACUUACGGACUUCCAGCAGGAGGAAUUCAGCCACAUCCCCUAACCAAAAAUGUUAAGAAGAAAGCAAAGAAGAGGCAGUGUAAAGUUCUCUAUGAGUAUAUUCCACAAAAUGAAGAUGAAUUAGAGCUCAGGCUGGGAGAUGUUAUCGAUAUCAAUGAAGAGGUAGAAGAAGGCUGGUGGAGUGGAACUUUGAACAACAGAUCAGGACUAUUUCCCUCAAAUUUUGUGAAAGAAUUAGAGAUAGCUGACGAUGGAGAAGCCCAUGAAGCUCAAGAGGAAUCAGAAGUUGUUUUUACUAGCCCUACCUCACCUUUAGCCUCUCUAGGAAAUGAGAGUGAAACUGCAGCUGGAUCAGUUGCACAGCCAAAGAAAAUUCGGGGAGUUGGAUUUGGAGAUAUUUUUAAAGAAGGUUCAGUGAAGCUGCGGACGAGAAUGUCCAGUAAUGAAGUAGAUGAAAGAAGACCAGACAAGCCCUUAAUUACACAUACACUAGGAUUCAGAUCAACACAGUAUCAGAGUAUAGAAGUAGCAAAGGCAGAAAUUGAAGGCAGAUAUAAAGCUAAGGAAUAUUGUAGGACGUUAUUUGCCUACGAAGGUGCUAAUGACGAUGAACUUUCUUUUAAAGAAGGGGAAAUCAUCCAUUUGAUAAGUAAGGACACUGGAGAAGUAGGAUGGUGGAAAGGUGAACUUAAUGGUAAAGAAGGAGUGUUUCCAGACAACUUUGCUAUUCAGAUACACGAACAAGAUAAGGACUUUCCAAAACCAAAGAAGCCACCACUCCCUUCCAAGGGUCCAGCUCCCAAGCCUGAUCCUACAGUUUUAGAGAAGAAGUAUUUUUCUUCUAGGCUUGAAGAAAAGGAUGAAAAAUCAGCUUUAGAACAGAAACCUUCAAAGCCAGCGGCUCCCCAGGUACCACCCAAGAAACCUACUCCUCCUAACAAAGCCAACAAUUUAUUAAGAUCCUCAGGGAUGAUGUAUCCAAAGCGACCGGAAAAACCAAUUCCUCCACCACCACCUCCUAUCUCUAAGUUCAAUGGGGAAGUUCCUGUCUUCCCGUCAAAGACAGAAAAUGAGCCAGUAUUGAAACCAAAGUUAGAUUCUGAACAAGUACCUUCUAGACCAAAAUCAGUAGACCUAGAUUCAUUUGUAAUAAGGAGCUCUAAAGAGAUAGAUAUGGUAAAUUUUGAUGACAUAGCUUCCUCCGAAAACCUUUUGCAUCUUACUGCAAAUAGACCAAAGAUGCCUGGAAGGAGGUUACCUGGUCGCUUCAAUGGAGGUCAUAGUCCAAUUCAAAGUCCAGAAAAAACCUUGAAGUUUCAGAAAGGUGAGGAAGAAAGUGCCAAAUUAAAGACAAAUGAAGUUAAAAAGGCAUCUGUGUACAGCACAGCAUCUUCAGCUGCAUCUCCUAGAACAACUUUCCUCAAUUCAGUAGAUGCCAAAACAAAAGGAGAAAUUGAUGAUGGGAAGAAAAUCAUCCUAGAUGACCUCAGAACACAAGUUGUUGAGUUGUUGUGUGUUGUAGAAGCAAUCAAAAAGGAACAUGGGAAGGAACUGGAAAAACUAAGAAAAGAAUUGGAAGAGGAGAAGGCAAUUAGAAGUAACCUAGAGACAUCUGUGUACACUUCAACAGCUUCAGCUUCAUCUAGAAAAAAUUCCUUGAAUUCAGCAAAUAAUAAAUCAAAAGGAGAAAUUGACGAGGGGAAGAAAAGCUUGAUAGAUGACCUCAGGUUACUGGUUUUUGACUUAUUGAAUGUCGUAGAAGUAAUCAAAAGGGAACAUGGGAAGGAACUGGAAAAACUAAGAAGGGAAUUGGAAGAGGAGAAGGGAAUGAGGAGUAUCCUAGAGGUGGAGAUUGAAAAGCUGAAAAAACUAGUCCUGUCUGUUUGAGGGAGGUGUGAUAGACUCAGUGUUCUUCUUUGGCCAGGGAUUCAUAAACGAGAAUAUGAACUGAAAACUGACUUGUUUACUUCCCAGUAACAAAGGAUUUUUGGUGUGCUAUAGAAAAAAAAAUAAGUACAUGAGUUUUAAUAUCUUAUAGAAGGGGAAAAAUGAAAAUAGUGUAUUUUAUUUUAUUGGCCAAAAUGAAAAAGAGACGUUAUUUCCUAUGCAAAGUCUUUUUUUCCUGGUUUGCUUAAAAGUAUUACUGAAUCUGUAUAAAAAGGAGAGGAAGUUGGUAACAGAUUUUUAUUGAAUACUGACAGUAUAAUUUUUUAAAGAGGUCUAUACUAUUAAUAGAUUGAUAUUAUCUGCAGGUAACCUAUUAAAAUGGACUGUGGGAGGGACACAUUAGCUUAAUAAUCAUCAACGUAUAGUAAUUACUUUUCCCAUAAUACAAAAAGUACAAUAGGGUAUUUGUGUAUACACACACACACACACACAUAUACACACAUAUAUAUAUACAUAC